AUAAUCUGAACAACUCCAACAAAAAAAAAGGAAAAAAAAAUUAAUCUCCUUAUAUUAGUAGUCAAAGCUUCAACGACUUAUGUAGUCUCUUCCUCUCAAAGAAAAAGAAAAGAACAUGGACCAAAAGCCAAAGACCACCGCCAUUAGUCCACAACCGCAACCACCAAAGCGUUGGCUUAACCACAUCAAGACAUUUUUCGACGUUCCUAACCCGAGAACCAUUAGAAUCUUUUUUAUAAGCAGUUUUGCCACGUUCUUCUCCGGAAUCGGUUUUGCAUUUGAAUGGACAUUUCAUGGCAAAAACCAUAGCGGGUUCCAAUGGAUCAUCUACUACUCCUUGUCCCUGAUCAUUCUUCCUAGUCUCAUCUGGCUAGGUCUCGGUAUUGUCAUGGUUGUCUCGUCAAGCCACGGGUCAAUGCAAGUUGCUAAAGUGGCCGUGGAAGAAGAACACUGUGUCAACGAUUCUGCCGGGAAGAAUGAAAAUGAAGAAACUAAAAAUAACAAUUGUGAGAGAUUGGCGAUUGUGGUUGAUUCGGAUCAAAAAAAUUGCACCAAUAAGGUAUUUGUGGAUAAAACGACAAAGCUAAAACGCACAGUUUCACUCCCAUUGCAUAGCCAAGUGCGAUCAUGUCGGACUAGGUGAGUUUUCAUUCAAUCACCAUGGAUUUUCUAAGUAAAUAUUUUUUAUUGUUAGUUUUG